UCUCUCUGCAUCAUGUUCCAACCUAUUUUGUUAGAAAUUUGUUUUAAAUCAUCUGGGAGCAAAAAGAUUUUUCAUUAUUUUAUAGUACAUUAACUGUAGGCUUUGAUGCAGUUCGCUGCCACAAGGGGGCAGACUCAGCCUACAAGUUAAUGUGAUUAGAGCAUUGACUGUAAAAAUAAUUAUUCUUAUAUACAGUCUAAAGAUUAGAGCCGCUUCACCUGAACCUCAGGUAAGCUCCACCCCUUGAAACCAGCUGCAAUGUAAACAGCAACAACUUGAAAACAGCAAAAGAAUACACAAAACAAACCCUCCAGGUUAAAAUGAAUCUCUUCAGGUCCGAUUGUUGCUUCCCUUUUCGAUUCAUCAAUUUUUUUUAUUAUUUUUCAAAAAUGUCAGGGAGCAUACAAAUGUUUUAAUGCUUGGUUUUUUUUGUGCUCCAAAAAUAGAUGAACUUGACUUUUUUUAAUCUCUGAGAAUCCAAACUUAAUUUUAAAAAAUGAUAAUAUUUAACUAAAGUUUUCUAAUUUGAUUUUAAAAAAUGUUUUUCUUUUGAGUGUUUUUUUACAGAAAAUUUCAGACUCUGAACUCUGACCUACAAUUUAAAAAAAAGGCACAAAACAUGAAAAAUAUGAAACAUGAAUGAGACUUUUGCACAAUUAUAUCAGAAUGUGAAACUUCUAUUGAUGUGUUUAGUUUGUUGGUUGCCGUGACUACAGAAGUAAUAAAAUCUAUUUAAACAUUUCUUUACAAAAACAUGAUCUGAAAAAAGACUAAAAAAGCGCUCAACUCAGAGCUGUAGUUUCUCCUCGUUCUUUGCCCUCUUCCUCUCCUUACAGAUCCAGAUGCUGUGCUGGCAUCUGGACCAGGUCUGCUCUGGUCACGUGGUAGGAGCAGAGAGAAGAGAAGAUGCGUUCACUGACCCUCGGAAUUCAGAAUGACUCUCCUAACAGUGGGAGGAAAACAUUCUUUUAGACACACGAACUCACUCACACACCAAUUUAUAUAACAUUCAAUUCAUUAAAUUGAUUGUUUAUUUUUCUAUCUGUUUAAUUACGUAUUUAUAGUAAAAUUAUUUUAAACGCUUUUUAGACACAAUCACUUAAACACAACAUAUUUUUCGUUUUUUUUUUUUUUCAAUUUAUAAAAAAAUGCUAUAAAUACUUGUUUUGCCAGACACAAACACAUGUAUGUGAUAUUAUAUUUGAUCAUAUGUUUGCAGUUUUGUGUUUAUUUUAAUUAAUUUAUUUUUUAUUAUAUUUUGUUUGAUCCCUUAAGGAAACUUUAUAAUCAUUUUGGAUCAUAUUUUCAUCAUUCGUGGGCAAAACACCAAACUUCCUGUUUAAAAAUUGGUUUAUUUAUUUAAAAAAUCAAAGUAAAACCUUAAGGCAAAGUUGAAGCUGUGAAAUCCUUUUUUUCGCUGCAUCCCUGAACGCAACAUCAUCGUCGUUCCUCUCAGAAUCAUCAGAUCUUCUUUUCUGCCUACUGACGAUGGAAAUCAAACCAAAGCCCACAGCAGAGAUGGCCGUAACAUGUGUGCGUGAGCUGUGAGGAAGCAGCUGGGGGAAUUUUUCCAGCCCAGAACAGAGAAAAAAACUGCAGAGCCAAGAAAAAUGAGCAAAAGCUUCAGGCAGCAACUCCCUCCGCUGUCCCAAGAUGCACCUCUGUCGGGUUUGUAGCUCAGGUCCUCUGAAGAUGCUGAGGAAGGUGGUGAUGAUGAGGAGGGUCUUCCACGUGAAGGGGGAUGUGGCGUGCACGCUGGUGCUGCUGGUGCUCUUCUGUCUGCUGCUCUACACCCGCCAGGUCAUUCUGCCGUCCAGGUGGAGCUCACCUGCGUGGAAGCUGGAGAUCCACAGCUCCACCAGCUCCAGCAGGACUCUGCUGGGGGCCAGAGGGGCCAAAGCGGCCACAGAGUCUGGAGCGCUGCCGUUCUGCAAGCCGGAGCUCAGCUCUGCACCUCUGCAAACCAAAUCCAAACGCAAGAUCAAGUCCCAGAGAAAGAAAACUGCUCCAACCAGUCCCGCCGGGCUGCAGCCCACGCUGCCGCUGUUCGACUUUCAGACUUACCUGAGAGAGAAGGACAAGAGGCGCUUCCAGCUGCUCAUCGACCAGCCUCAGAAGUGUCAGACGGGAGGAGGAGCCGGCGAGGAGGACUUUCCCUACAUGCUGAUCGCAGUCAAGUCCACGGCUGCAGAUUUUGACAAACGGCAGGUGGUGCGUCGGACGUGGGGUCAGGAGGGCCGAUUUGACCACGGCGUUUCCAUCCGGACCGUGUUCCUUCUGGGCGUUCCCGGGAGUGGCGCCGCCCUGCCUCUCUGGGAUCGGCUCCUGGCCUACGAGAGCCAAACCUUCAAGGACGUCCUGCUGUGGGAUUUUGAGGACACGUUCUUCAACCUGACGCUGAAGGAAACCCAUUUUCUGGAAUGGGUCAACAGCAGCUGCCCUCACGUCCAGUUCAUCUUCAAAGGCGAUGCUGACGUCUACGUGAACGUGGAAAACAUUCUGGAGAUGCUUCACAGCCACAAACCGGACCAGGAUUUGUUUGUCGGCGAUAUAAUCGUCAACGCCAAACCCAUUCGCAGACGCACUUCCAAGUAUUACGUCCCAGAGUCGGUGUAUGGGGGCGGUCUGUACCCCAACUACGCUGGAGGAGGAGGCUUUGUGAUGUCGGGACUCACCGCUCGGAGGCUCAGCUCUGCUUGUCAGAAGGUGGAGUUGUUCCCGAUCGAUGACGUCUUCCUGGGAAUGUGCCUCCAGCUGAUCGGCGUCAAACCGUAUCGCCACGAGGGCUUUCGGACCUUUGGGAUCUCGCGGCCGUCCGCGGCGCCUCACCUCCAGACGUUCGACCCCUGCUUCUACAAAGAGCUGAUGGUGGUCCACAGCCUCACCGUUCCUCAGAUCUGGCUCAUGUGGAACCUUCUGCACGACCCCAAGCUGAGCUGCCACCGGCGGAGCAGCCUGAGGGCCAGCUCGUUCAGAUGGAGGACGAAGACGGAGGAGGAGGAGGACUACAGUGAGAGGAAGGUGUUCGUGACGCACUAGAGACCGUCUGGAGGACGGGAAGUUGUCCGAGUCUGAGCCGAGUCUCAUGGAGUUUGAUUCAAGACGGCAAAAGAUGCCAAAAAUGAACUUUCAAUGGUGAACAACCAGCCGAAUCCUUAAGAUUAUGGGAUGGAUUUGGUGAUCUUAGAAACUGAUUCCACACAGACGUUAGCAGGUCUAACCUCAAAGAAUUCCUGAGAUUUACACACAAGGAAUUCACCUGAACUCUCCAAUUCCUGAAAGUUUGUGAAUUGACUUUUGAUUUUGUUAGAUCCAGAGCGACUCGUGUGUUUUAUUUCGUGACUGACAAUAAAAUUAACAGGAAAUCA